AUGACUUCUUCUUCCACCACCAAAUUGACUCUCAAACUUGUUAUUGACAAAGAGAAUGAAAGAGUUCUAUUUGCAGAAGCAUCAAAGUCUGUAGUAGACUUUCUUCUCAGCUUGCUAUGCCUGCCUUUAGGCACUGCAGUAAAGCUUCUAGGCAACAACAACAUGGUUGGUAGCAUAGGAAAUCUGUAUGAGAGUGUAGAAAACCUCAACCACAUUUAUAUGCUGCCAAAUCAAACUAAGGAUGUUCUCUUGAAUCCAUCACAUGAAGAACCUGGCCUACUUUUAAGUGGAGUCUCUACCUUUAUUCUCGAAGCUGAGUUGGACAAUGAGGAUGAGGAGGAUGAUGAGGACUAUGAUGAGGAAGAGGAGGAUGAAGAGGAGGAAGAGACGGAGGAUUCUGAGUCCCAGUCUGAGUCCGAGUCUGAGGAGGACAAUGAAGGCAAUCUUGGAGGAAGGCCUUUGUAUUAUAAGUGUCCAAAUAACUGCAGUUAUUAUGUGACAUGUGAUGAAACAACUAUUUGUCCUCGUUGCAACAUAGCUAUGAACAUUGAAACACAUUAUGUUGGCAAGAGGUUUGAGAAUGGUUAUGUGAAAGAUUAUGUAACUUUCUUGGUGAUGGAUGAUUUGGCCAUUCAGCCUAUGUCGGCUUUAUCAGUUUUAACCAUACUUAACAAGUUGAAUGUGAAAGAGAUAGGUACCUUUGAGGAAAUGGUGGUUGAAUUGGGGAUGGAUGAGGGUAUCGAGCUGCUUAAAGCUUCUCUUCAAUCCAAGAUGGUUUUAACAAGUGUUUCAUCAAGAAAUAUUGAAUCUUCACCAAUAAUUUCAAAGAUGUUUUUUUUUUGGUAA